AUGGACAUCGCUAAACGGUCAGGCCAGGAUUUUGAUGUAGAAAGUGUAAGAUAUGCUGUACGAUCGAAAGAAGACUAUGCAAAUCGGCUUGACCAAUUAAUCGAGGACUUCGGUUUCAUUUCGGAACAAACCCGUUAUCAUAUUACAGAAAGUGAUUCGUUUACUGGGCAAAGGCACCGAGGCCACCCUAAUAAGACCAAUAAUAAGAAUCGUCCCGCUGAUGAAAAGUAGUCUCUUUGUUACAUU